UAGCCAUCCAUGGUACAUUGGUAGCACACCCAGUUGCCUUUCACCGCAGCGCUACGGCCGGUGUAGUAUGUGGAGGUCGAGGACACCGUCAGGUCUGUGCUGUACCCCGUCAUGUCGGAGCUCUUCCCCACCCUCCUGCUGUGCCUGUACGGGUUCUUCUCUAACCUCAGACCCUCGGAGCCCUUCCUGACACAUUUCCUCCUGGGUCCCGAGAAGAACCUCACGGAGACGCAGGUGGUGAAUGAGAUCUACCCGGUGUGGACAUACUCCUACGCCGCCCUCCUCUUCCCGGUCUUCCUCGCUACGGACUACCUCCGCUACAAGCCUGUCCUCAUCCUCCAGGCAGCCAGCUUCGUGGCCACGUAUGCGGUCCUGGUCUGGGGCCGCGGGGUGCCCGCUAUGCAGGUCCUGGAGCUGGCCUUCGGCCUGGCCUCGGCCACCGACGUGGCCUACUACAGCUACAUCUACAGCGUGGUGCCGCCGGCGAGCUACCAGCGCGUGACGGGGUUCUGCCGCGGUGCCACCCUGCUGGGUUCGGCGGCGGGCUCGCUCAGCGGCCAGCUGCUGGUGUCACUGGCGGCCGUCAGGCUGCGGCGUCUGGUCGAGGCCACGCUCGCCGCCGCCGUGGUGGCGUUCACGGUGCCGUGGUUCCUGCCCAUGCCCGGGAGGAGUCUGUUCUUCCACCGGAGCGGCGAGGAGGAGGGGGAGGCAACAGCGGAGGAGGAGGGGAGGAGUCGGAACGGGACGGCGAUGGAGGGGGGGAGUCGGAACGGGACGGCGAUGGAGGGGAGGACGCGGGGCGUCCAGGAGCGGUCGGACGACGCUGAUAGCAAAGUCCCGCUCAACAGCCAGCGGGUGGACCCCAGGCAGCGCAGAAGCGGGCUGACGGAGGUGCUGCGGCUCCUCUGGAGGGACUUCCUGCGCUGCUACUCACAGCGCCCCCUGCUGGCCUGGUCAGCCUGGUGGGCGCUCUCCACCUGCGGGUACUUCCAGGUGGUGAACUACGCCCAGGCGCUUUGGGAGAGGGUGAGGUCGCCCACGGACCUGGAGAUCUACAACGGCUAUGUGGAGACACUGGCCACCCUGCUGGGUGCCAUGGCGGCCCUGGCGGUGGGCUCGGUGCGGGUCAGCUGGGCCACCUGGGGUGAGGCGGCGCUCUGCCUGUUCUCUGCCGUCAUGGCCGCCUGCGUCUUCACCAUGGACCUGGUGCGCCACGUGGGCGUGUGCUACGGCGCCUACGUCCUGUUCCGCACCGCCUACAUGUUGCUCAUCACCGUCGCCACGUUCCAGAUCGCCGCUAGCCUCAGCAUGCAGCGCUACGCGCUAGUGUUCGGCGUCAACGCCUUCGUAGCGCUACUGCUACAGUCGGUGCUAACACUGGUGGUGGUGGACACGGCCGGGCUGGGCCUGGACGUCUUCUCCCAGUUCCUGAUAUAUGGCUGCUAUUUCGCCGCCAUCGCCGCCAUCUUCCUCCUGGCUGCCCUUUCCAAGAUGGCCUCCGGGAGGCGUUCAAAGACUCCGGCGGUACCGGGAGAAACCGACUCCGACACCCGAAGUCUGCCCUACUGAGCUCGUACGGGCCUCAUAGCAAUAGCAUCACAGUGCCUGUAUGUUAGGUAGCUAGUUUGUUAGCUUAGCAUCGGUUAAGAUCAGCCCGAGUUACGGCUAUACUUAUUCACUUUUUCGACAAAUGUCUGAAUAUUUUCAUGGCAUAACGUGCCAGCCCUUGUCAACAUAUGCACUAAAGAAUAUUACGCCUUCACUUCGUAGAGAACGGCUUGAUAAUCACGGGUAUGUCGGUUAUUCAACGGCGAUCGUAAAGCAUUUAUGUUAAAGGUUAGGUACGGAAUUCUCUUUUUGGCCAUUUUUGCAAAAUUACUUAAAAUCCUUAUCAUAACCCUGUUAGAAGUACUGCUGACAUGAAAAUUAAACAAGUCAAUCAUCUGUGGAACGGGCAGGGCUCGAAAAACUCCAGCCAAUGAUUUCCAGACCCACCGAGUGGCAUUGGACAGUAAGUACGUCAAUCAAACGGUCGUACUGCACUCCCCCUCCCCCCGCGAGUGACCCCUUCGUGCACGUACUCAAAGCUUGUGACCCAGAGCAAGCUUCUGUUUGUUGUUAUCCUGCGGUAGCUACUGGAGCUAGCUAACUAGCUAAUGGCUCGCUCUCUCGCUCGUGCAUGAUUGCGCGUCCAUGUACUUGGAAUGGGUGGAGUCAGAGUCAGCGUUGAAGGAGAGGGAAUAGGACCAUUUGAGUUGUGUAUUUUCAAAAUCUGCUGGCGUUUCGCAAAUCCCAUGCCCAACCUUUAAGUAAGACGACUUUAUAUAAAUACGGUUCUUUGGCAAGGGCCACGUUUGGCCACACCCCAUUGGCCGAAAUACCUCAGGCCUCCUCUGAUUGGCCGAUUAAUCCCCAAUCACAGUGAAAAGCACAUAUUACGGGAGGCGUGACGAGAAUGUUGUCAAACUGAAUCAGAAUUCAAAAUGUUUCAGAAUUCUCUCAAAAUCGUGAAUAGUCUAAAUAGAUUUGGAUCUACACACAAUGCACGUGGAACGGAUGGUUCUUGUAGAGGGGUGAUUUGUCCCUCAUGUUACAGUAUAAGAUUGUUCUGUUUCUGGUGACUUGAAUUUGCUGCGUUAAAGUUUUCGUUGUUUUUUUAAAGCCUGCUGAAAUUGAUGUAUGGAUGGUUCCGGAAUGAUCUCUAAUCCAACAUGGAGGCCUACGGUUUAUUAUUCUAGGAAUUCUGCUACUCGAAUACGAACCAAGUGCCUGAAAAUAUAUAACUAAUCGUAAAAUCUGUCAGCUGAAACCUCAUGACUGAGAAAUUUAAAUACAUUUUAGCUGCAACAGUUGACCAAAGAAGGACCAAAUGCAUAGAUCCAUAAAAUUAAAAUAAUUCAUUAUUUCUGGUCCAACCAACAAAUUGUGAUUAUAAAUAAUAAGUGUUGCUUAAAACAACAAUAAAACCUAAAAGCACUGAAUAGUUGUUAUAUAUUGGGAGUCAUCAGACCACUUGGAGCUACUGGCGGAAACGUUUCUUAAUUAAAUUAUAAUGCAAUUUGGAAUUAUGUUCAGAAAAAAUCCAAUUAUAGGACUAUGCAAUUUCACAUUUCGUGAACAGAAGAUGCAUCUGUAUGAUGUAAAAUUUCCCGUAUGAUUAUUUUAAUCAUACUUUUUUCCGUAACAGAGUUGUAUUCCAUUUUAGUAUUUUCCAAAUCUGGGUCCAAUGCUGUGAACUGGCCUGUGAAACUUGGCUGCACUUUUAGAUGUAUCUUCGCUGAAGCCUGACUAAACUUGUAGAUAACAUGGGAGUAAACUGAAAAUUAUUUUUACAUAAUUUAUAUAAGAUGGAGAUACUGUAGAAGCACUGUACUAUAUGUUGUUGAUACUUAAAAUGUAGCAUUGCUACGUCGCUUAAGUUUAACCACAACCUGUUCCUUUUCUUAAACUAAGAAUUGUGUUUUAUGGCAAUCGUUUUCAUUCAUAUAUUCUAUGGUUUUGUUUCGGAAAGCCAAAUGUGUAUUUUUAGAGAUGUCGUUGUGAAUAAAGAUUUUUAACUAAA